CGCGCCUUUGUCGCUUGCAGGCUCGCAAUGGCGCCCAACAUAACGAGCGCGCCGACGAGCGCGCUGUUCGAGGACGAGAGCUUGGAGGAGCUGCGCGGCAAGCUGGCCAGGAAGGGCGACGCCCGCGAGGCGGCCGAGCAGUACAAGCUGCAGAUCGUCUGGAGGAACGUGAUCGUGUUCUCCCUCCUGCACGUCGGCGCAGUCUACGGGCUGUACCUCGCCGUGACCUCGGCCAAGAUCGCCACCACGCUCUUCGCCAUCCUGCUCUACCAAGCCAGCGGAUUCGGAAUAACGGCGGGGGCGCAUCGACUCUGGGCGCACAGGUCCUACAAGGCUACCUGGCAGCUGCGCACGCUGCUCUGCCUGCUCAACACGCUCGCCUUCCAGGAUUCAGCAAUAGACUGGUCGCGGGACCACCGUAUGCAUCACAAAUACAGCGAGACGGACGCCGAUCCGCACAACGCGACGCGCGGCUUCUUCUUCGCCCACAUUGGCUGGCUGCUCUGCCGUAAACAUCCGCAAAUCAAGGAAAAAGGCAAAGGCAUCGACAUGUCCGAUCUCAAGAGCGAUCCCAUUCUCGCAUUUCAAAAGAAGUAUUACUUGUAUUUGAUGCCGCUCACGUGCUUCGUUCUGCCGACCGUCAUACCCGUUUACCUGUGGAACGAGACAUGGCUAAACGCUUACUUCAUCCCCACGAUUUUGCGCUACACCUUUACCCUCAACAUGACCUGGCUCGUCAACUCGGCUGCCCACUUGUUCGGCAACAAACCUUACGACAAAUUCAUCAAUCCGGCGGAGAACCGGGCAGUGGCGAUCGGUGCUCUCGGCGAGGGUUGGCACAACUACCACCACGUGUUUCCGUGGGACUACAAGACAUCCGAGUUGGGCAACUACGCUUUCAACUUCACCACGGCGUUCAUCGACUUCUUCUCGAGAAUCGGUUGGGCCUACGACCUGAAAACUGUAUCCAUGGACAUGGUCCGGAAGCGCGUCGAGCGAACGGGCGACGGCACUCACGAGCUGUGGGGCUGGGGCGAUAAAGAUCAGUCGCAGAAGGAACGCGAGCAGGCCAUUAUCAUUAAUCCUUCCAAAAGCCACUAGCCGUUUCAUAUAUUACUGGAUAUGUAGAAUAUUGAAAGACGCGUUUACCGAGACUGAAUGGUCGCCAGUCCCCACCACCACUUACCCGCCCCUCUUACAUUCUUCAGACGUCGCGCGCUGCAAGCUUUUUCCUCUCCUUUCUCCCCUUUCCGCCGAACCAUGAGUUUACCGACAGUUUCGUUUGGCCUCCAGCAGGCUUUUUCAUACGUAUAAUGUAGAAGAACUGAUCUUUUUUCCUCUGACUCUUCCGUUUCGUCGGCUCGAGUAACUCCUCGCAAAAUAACAUUCUCCUCUGUGCGCGCGACAACUGGAGAACAGUCACUGAGUUCAACGCGUUUCUUUGUUUUACUAGAGAACAAUUAGUUUAUUAGCAUUUAAUUAAUUUUAUUGGACCGGAGAUUCUUUAGAACUGACCUUAUAAUGUAUAUGUCUUAUUUCGACGACUGAGACGUUGCUUAAUUUAGAAACACGUACUUUCGCAAAAAAAGAGCAAUCGACAGUAGAUUGAUACGCUAUUGUAUCCAGAUUAUCGAUUCCUCAUUUUUUCUACGAAAUCAUCUUUUUUACAAGAAUAAUUGUUGUUGUUAAUGCUAAGUUCCCUGGCUCGUUCAAGGGAAAGCGAGGAUUUCCAUUGGUUUUUUAAGGAGGUAUAAUGCGCGCAAGUUCCUACAGUAUAGUUAAUUGUAAACGUUUUUUGAUCGUCGUAGUACGCUCAAUACUGGUUUUUCAACUUGGAACAUGAAAAACGAAAGUCCUUAUGUAGUUAACGCAAUAAAAACGUACAAGCUGUGAAUACGACAUCCUCGUUAUCGCCUUAUGUUCAAUGAAAGAAUCAAACCGUUAGUUUCAAAUAUGAAUGUUACUUUUAUUACAGUGUCGAAGGCAAUUCUUGUGAAAUUAUUAAUCACCCUAGUUGUGCGCGAUAAUCGAUACAUGCGACUUACUAAAACGAAAGUCCAAGUAUUAGGUGGUAACAAACGAAUAUCUACGAAAAGUCUCGCGCUCCCGUUGGUAAAGUGCAUAAUUUUUUUUUUUACGACGUAAUAUAUAAUAACGUAUCACGUCGUUAUAUUGCUCAAUAAGAUGUUUGUAUGCGCACGCACGGCUACUGUGGCGCGGUGACCGUCGCCGAGUUUCUCGAGCGUUCAUUGUGUUUUUUCGAUUUCGAGAAAACUAUGCAUGGGCGAUCGCGAUUCGAAAAAAAAAGAACAUGAAAACACAGCUCGUCGGUAUACGUUAUAAAUAAGGGUGAUGUUAAAAAAAAUACGAGUCAACGUCUUAUAUGUAAAUCUUGGUAUAUAUUGUAUACUUUACGUAGUUACGAAUAAUCUACGUGAACAAUUUAAGUGUGAAUGAUUAUAUUAAG